UAUAACGAGUUCAGGCUCUAGGACUUAAACUAGGGAAAAAAAGUGGUGAUAUAUUUGAUCUAGUAAAAUAAUCUUCGAUUACUUUGGUGCAUUGUGACAAAAUACUGUAUGUAUGGUUAUGAAGAGCAGGAAGAAGCACCAAAAUUGUGGGAUUUAAGACCCCUGAACUAUUUAAUCAUAAGCUUCAGGGAGCAGCAAUCAUAUUCUUUAAAGUGCUCUUUUAACCUUGGAUGUUGGUGGAACUUAAUUUGUGUAGCUUAGGGUUUUCAUUUUCCAAUAAUAUUUAGCACUUUGUUGGAUAGAGCUGUCCAUUGAGGAUUUGUUGCAUAAUUUCCAGAUGGCCAUUAAGGCCUAUGGGCCUCUUGUUAUUCUUGCAUUAUUCAAAAUAGUUGAUGUAGAAAUGUAAUAAAAUAUUCAUACUAAAUGUAAUGCGCUAUUUCUGACAACAGUGGUGAAUUUCUUAAAUAUUUAAUGACUAAUUUGCCAAUAUAUAUGGGGAGAUAACAGCUUAAUGGUGAUCAUUAACACAUUCAGUGUUCAGUGCUGUUGACUGGGACUUCAUUUACAGAGAAAAUAAACCUGGAGUCCUCAGGAUUGUGUAAAUUAUCACUUUUAUAUUUGUUCCACGCAAUUUCAUAUUGUGGAUUUCAGGGAUGUAUGUCCGUAAUUUUGGGAAGAAGAAAGUUUGGAAUUUCUUAUGUACGUAAUUCAAGAAUAUUGUAGUCCUGGAUAUCUUCUCUGAUUGUGUCUGUUGUUUAAUGCAGAAAGUCACAGACUGCAUCUUUAAGUGGUUUAGAGUUGUGUCAUAGAAAAAAUACAUUGUGUUGUGGCCAUCAGUGAAAGCUACAUUGAAAAUCUUGUGAAGAUCAUGGAUGCCAAUCAAAGAAGGCAAAAUUUUCGUCUGUUUUCACUCCAAAGUCGAAAGAAGAGUCAAUUUAUCACAGACUCGUUUAUGAUCAAACUUCCAUCAGUGCUGAGUAGCACUAGUACUGUUAGCACCACUAGUACAACCACUACUUCGGGUAAAUCCAGCAAAUCUAUUAGUGAUGGGGGCUCGGAGUUUGAAGACUUCCAAUCUGACUCAUCAAACCGAGUGUCCUCAGUAUCACGGUCUGGCUCAGCCAAAGAUCCUGGUGGAAGUUCAGAUCUAGGCUUUGCCAAACAUGAUGAGAGAUUCAGCAUAAUAGAGAAUCCUUCUGAAGAGAUGCAACAGUAUGUUGACAAAAUCCAGGAGCUUCAAUUUCAGAACAGUAAGUUAGCAGAGGAAAAUUCCACUCUCCAGCAGCAGAUUUACAGUCAGGAGGAGAGUCUCGCUCAGAGUAAUACUACCAACGACAGCCUGGUCAGGAAAGUCAAGUGCUUACAGGAAGCCUUACAGCUAAGACAGCAGCAUGACUGUGAGAAUGAAGAAAUUAUUCUGAAACUCCAGGACCAAAAGCAGGAAAUGAAACACAAGAUAGAUUGUCUAACAAGUGAUGUGGAUCAUUUAAGAUCAAGCAACAAAGAACUGGAAGCAAAUGUUGUAGAAUACCAGCACCAGAUAGAGCACAUGACAGAGAUGAAAAGAGUUCAAGAGAUCCAACUUUCAGAGAGAUAUGAGGAAUUAAGGAAUCAACAGAACCAGCUGCUGAGUUUGUCAACUACUGUGCAGGAAAUGAGAACAGAGAAUAAAGACCUCCAGUCCAAGCUUUGCCAGUCUAAUGAAGCCCUGAAAAGCCUGAAGCAAACUGCGGAAUGCGAAGAAAAGGGAGACAACCUCAGGCGAUUUCCAUGUAGCACCCCAAUUAAAAGGAAUAACUCUAUCUGUAUGGAACUGAGAGGAGUGUUGGAGGAUGGGGACCACAUGCCUUCUCCAAUGUGUGAGAAAGAAAUUGACGAAAUCGACCAGGUGUAUCCGAUUUUCUCCUCGGAUGAAGACACGGAUAAUGAUAAUAAUCCAAACAUCAGCAUUUACUCGGUGUCCCUGAAGGAUGAACUCACAAUGGAUAUGUCCAAAUUUAUGGAGAAGUAUCAGAGUAAACAGGAGAGCCUGCUGGAUGAUAUCCGUCAUUUCCUGGGAACUGGGGCCUCCUCAGGAGAGGGAUCAUUUACCAACGAAUUCUUCGGGAAACUGGAAGAUCAAAUGUCCAAACUGUCCCACAAAGUGUCCACUCUAGCUCAGGCCAAAACAGAUGUAGAUAAAAGGUUAUGUACACAGAAGAAAAAGUUUAGGAAGUUGAAAGAGGAAAAUGCUGUUCUGAAAGAUGCAGCUGUUGAUGUAAUGGAGGACCAAAUGUCCUGGGACGUCAUAACGGACAAACGUCUCCUGAUUUUGAAGGAUCAGAUCGACCAGGAGAGAGCCAACAUCAAGUUUCUAGAGAAAAAGUUGAAAGACAAGGGAAGUACAUUUGUUAAUGUGGACAAGAACAAAAAAUCAAGUGCAGAGAAAGUAUUGAAGAUAGAAAUUCAAAAACUGCAAAGUUUGAAUAAAGACCUGACAGAGAAAAACAAAAGAUUGCAAGGCAAAGUAAAUAGUUUAGCUGAAGAAGUUGAAAAAUCCCACAGGGAUGUUGAGAACGAGCAAACCAAAGUUGCAAAAUUAGAGGCAGAGAAGGCCGUGCUGGCGCUGGAGAGACAGCAGGCCGAGAACCAGCUUAUAGAGAAAAACAGACAGGACUUGAACCAGCACUCAGCAAUGCAGGAAAGCAAUAUGAGGAGCAAUCACUCACUAUCACUCCUUCACUCGGACAAAGUGCUCAGGAAAGUCUCUCAGAUGAGUGGUGUAUUACCUUAUGACCUCCUCCUCACUCAGAACCACUUAGAAAGCAAAGAGCAUCCCAAGUCAAAGUCGACUUCACAAAAUAACGUGUAUACAGAUACAAGGUCUGAGAAUGAGCGACAAUCUCUGGAACAUCUCUGGCUGGACCGGGGAAGGAUUUCUGAGGAGGAAUUUAGAGAUAUGGAGACAGAGGAGGAUGAGAACUUGGACUGCUGUUACCGGGGAGAUGGACAGAGGAGAUACAGCUACCAGGCAGCCAUAGAUAAUCAGAACUGUCUCCCGGGAGAGCAGCGAUACCCGAGGUGUCGCAGUGGCAGCUUCCAGGCUGCUAUAGAGGGGGGUCAAAAGGAGGGAGAUCACGGGCAAGUAUCAGAAAAUUUGACACAGUUGAUUUCUUCAAGAUCAACGGCAACUGAAAAUGUUGAUUCUUAUCAUUCCAUUGUUCCGUCUUAUAACCACUUGGAUGACUGUCUCGUAUCCACUAAGACGUCCCAUUCCCAGGGUGCCUCAUCAUAUUCCCAGAAUUCCUCUCAAGUGUGUUAUUCAGUCUGUGAUAGUGUACAAACUGCAGGAACUGUGGGCUGCAGUGGUGAUUUCACUGUGAACUCCAGUUACCUGACAUGUACUGACACUUCUCAUAAUCAUUGUGAUGUCAUGAUAAAGCAGUUCAGCAGUUGUCAUGAUGAUGUCACAAACACACAAAAUGACGAUGGAUCCCGUCUGUUUGGGACACGGUGGAGGGACACCGCCAAGGACAGUGGUUGUACUCUAGAGGACUCAAGUCUGAAACAUAGGUCCGGGGACUUAAAUGACUCACCAGCUGCACCAGAUGUGAUACAGAUAACAAAAUUGGGAAAAAUCAACACAGAUGACAGGAAAGAGUUAAUGUCCCCUAAAGUAAGUAUUCCAUCAUCAUCAUCAACAACAGCAGGGUUAAACUCGUCAUCAGAUUACAGAACAUGCAAAGAACAUAUCAGAACAGAAGGGUCACCCACAACAGAGGCUGGAAAGGAAAUGGAUAGGUGUGUGUCAGAGGUCAAAGAGGAAAGGAGUGAGGUCAAGGAUACAAAGAUUAAGGACAAGGAAGAGGUGAAUGAUGUUGUAGAUGCAAAGGUCAAGGAGGAGGUGAAUGAGAAGAUUGACCCAGUGAAGGGCGAAGACCGGGAUGAUGAAAAUGUCGACGUAACCAACAACUUGAUAAAACAGAUAGAAAAACUGAAUUUGAGUGACUGUCCUACACAUUGUGAAUUGCUUGAUGAUUUGUCCCCAUCUUCACCACACCUAAAGAAAAUUAGACAGGGAAACCUUGCCAAACGUCGGGAACAGAUGAAGUUUCUUAGGAUGCCUGAUCUGAAUGAACAUCAGGAAUCUGGACAAAUGAUGACAAACGGUGACGGGGAAUCGGAUAGUUCGGUGAUGCCCAGUAUCCCGGAGACUCUGCUUCAGGAUCUAGGGGUGGACCAGGAUAAGACAGAAGAAGAAAGCCCUGAUCAGUUAUCAGAACAAGAAUUAGAAAACAAGUUUACAAGUCUUUCUCUGGCAUUCAAAACAGACAAGAUAACAUUAGAGAAACGGCUAGAAAUCCAGGAGAGGUCUCGGGAUAUAGCAGAGGAGAAUGUGUCCAAAGAAGUUAAAGGCCUCAAAGAGGCGCUGGAGCAGUUGAAUCAGAUCUGUGUGGACUCACAGGUCCGGGGCCUUCUUCUGAAAAUCCAGAAACAUGUUGCAGUGCUGGAGCAGGCCAGUGCUCGAGUGUCCUCUCGAGCAGAGGUGUUCGGGGCCGUUCAACAGGAGAAGCGAAUGAGUAAAGCUAUUGAGAUCAUGCUGACUCACGUAGACAACCUGAGAAUGUCACAUGAAAGACAGACAGCGGAACUGGAGGAGGCCAGGAAAUUAAUUCAGGACAACAGACCAUUUGGAGGGAGCACAGAUUUAGGAGACUUUGUUGGACUUUCGAGACGAUCAGCUUCCGUAUGCCACAGCAAUACCUUCCUGCCAAAAGGUGCCCGACGCAGGGUUAGUGACGCAGCCUUGACCCGCAGUGGGCUCCCUCACUCAGCCUCCGUGGACAACAUAUCUGAGUCUGUGCAUGUCAUGCCACCCUUGCGACGAGACCUGGCAAUAUCACUAUCGGAGGAGGAUCCCAGAUCCAAGUUUCAACAGAUAGCAUCAGUAGCGGCUUUGAAAAAUAGCACCUCCUCCGCCUUUAGAAAAGCCUCCCUGUGCAAACAGACUAGCACUUCGUCAUUGUUGGGCCAGAACCUCCGCCUAGCACAAGAGAACUCUCAGUCUGACAGCAAGACAACAAGAUCAAUCUCCAAGCAGCAUUCAGCUGAAGAAGAGGCAUUUCAGAAAGGAUUUGAACAGGGGUACAAGGCACAGAUCACCGGUCAGUUGAAGCAGCUGAGGGAUCAGCAGAACUCCAUUACGGACACUCUAGAUGAAAUCCGAGACAAGUGUGAGGAGGCAGAGGAAGGAGAUACACAGGAAAUAAGCCUACGUGACACAAUCGUGUCCAAGGUCUGGGAGCACAUACCCGAGUGGGGCACGGCCAGUAAAAACCUCCGCUUGGCCACCGUCGUCUUCUUCCUGUUCUUGGCGGCGGUCAGCAUAAUCCUGUCCUUCCUCCCGGUAGGGUAUGCAGCAGUACAGGUGUACCCAGAGUACCACCAUGUCAACAGUCCACCUGUCUGAUCCAGUGCUGGAGCACUAAACCAUCAGAACCCCUCAUCUAGAGCACAUGUUAUCUCUUGAGAGCAAUCGUAUUCAUGUUUUUUCCCCAUAUUUAUAUUUUAUUUAGAAACUCUCCUACAAAACUUUAUUUUUGUUUUGUUUUUUUUCCCCUUUCUAUAAACAGAUUGGUAGUACUGUGGAUUUAAACAGGCACCUGUAUUUACUGUGUGCUACGAUAUGAUUUCAGUUCAUAAAAGACUACAGAAUGUCCAUUGUUGAUUUGUACAGAGUGUAAUUGGGAAUUUCAAGCUGUAACGAUAUACUGAACAGUGGGUAGUACAAUAAAUGUGUAACAUAUCAUUUAUAAUAAAUGAGGAUGAAUUGUUUUCUUCAUGAACUGAUUGAUUUUUUAAGUGAGGUUAUAUGACUUGUUGUGUACAUUUUACAAUGUGAUGAUCCUUUAUGGACCCUAGUAUGGGUCCUGUCAUAUCAGUCUGUGUUUUCAUAUACCAACAGAAUAUACUCCUUAAAUCUCCUAAUGGUGUAUGAGUUGGCCAUCUUUAAUUUUUUUUAUGCAACAAUUUUUUUUUCUCCAAAGAAUAAUAUUUAGCUAGCAAUAGAUUGUCAAAGAUCUUUAUUUUUAUCAAUAUUAUUCAAAUUUAUAUGCAAAAUCUUAUUUUCAAAAGAAUUAAUACUUCGGUCAAUAAUCUCUUUUGUGUUGUAUGUUUAAAUUCAACUGACAUAGCAAUAAAGAGAAUCAUAACACUCAUACAUAUAUGUAUUUAUGUGUGUUUGUAACACCUAUACAUAUUAAAUUGUGUUCUGCCGUUACGUCACUCGGUGGGUACUAUUCCUGGUAGGAGUUGCAGCUAUCUGGUUUAUAUACAUGUGUGUCUGACUAGAAUGCAGACACAUCUAGAAAAUCAUGAGAAAGGGACAUUUUGAAAUACAUGUAUAUUUUUUAUUGUAAAUUUAGAUAAAAAGAAUUAUAAUAAUACUUUCUGUAUAUUCACGAAAAGUGUACCUGAGUGAAUUUGAGAAGUUGUUAAUUUAUAUGAAUUUCUUGCACCGUGAGGCAGAAUUGAUGCUGUUGUUUAUAUUAUAAGACAGUGGCAUUUUAAUUUUUCUAUACUCAAGAUGUUCAUGAUUUUUUAUAGUUGGGUAAUUAAAUUAUACACUUUUUUCGUGAUUUAAAUCAAGAUAUAUGACCAUUUUAUGUUUUAAGAAGCGUUUUAGAGGAGCAGGCAUCUUAAUAUUAUGUGUACAUACACGUGUGUAGUAAUAUAUCGAUGUUUUAAAUGUUACAAAAGUUUUAAGUUAUUGUUAGUUGUGUUGAUCAGCCACACACGCAGUGUACUUUUCAAUGAAAUACGAGUUUUCAUUCAUUAAAAAUGUCGUUGAAUAAAAUGUUUGUUGACACUA